AGCUGCGCUCUCUCGGGUACAGUGGGCAUCUUGUGGAGCGCAUGUUGAAGCUGUGAUUUCUUAACAGUCUACCUCCUGUGGCAGGCACAGGCAAGGCUUGUACCCCCCUGUCGUGAAAAUGACCGCAAUUCAUCACCUCGGGAUACCUGUAUGGCUGGGGUUCUGUUUGGCCCAGGUGUUAUUGAUUACGUGCCAGGAUGUUAAGACGGAGGACACGAAAAAUUGUAAAGACGGUGAUCAGAAUUAUUCCGAAAAUGAGAUCUGGAAGCCAGAGCCGUGCAGACUUUGUGUCUGUGACAAAGGCCAGGUGAUCUGUGAGGAGAUCCGCUGUGAGGAGCUGAAAGGAUGCGAACAGUUCACCAUCCCAGAUGGAGAGUGUUGUCCUGUGUGUCAAACCUUCGCCAGUGCGCAUGGAAGGAUCGAAACAAUUGCGUUUAAGGGCGAAAAAGGUGAACCUGGUGACAUUCCUUAUAUUGUGGGAGUACCUGGGCGUCCUGGACCAAUGGGUCCCCCAGGAGCAGACGGCCGAGCAGGAUAUCCAGGAAGCAAAGGAAGACGAGGUGUCUCAGGUCCACCUGGUUUUGAUGGAGAGCCAGGUGUCCCUGGCAUGCCAGGUGAGCCUGGUCCUGUGGGCAAUUCACUGCCUGGGAGUCACUUUGCUUCUCAAAUGGCCUCUGGAUUCCAGGAUGGAAAGCAUGGAAUGGCGGGGAUGGUCUCUGGAGCACCGGGUGAAUCAGGAUCAAGAGGUCAGCCAGGUCCACCUGGUCCACCAGGGCCAACAGGAGCACAAGGUGCGCCAGGAGAUGCGGGUGAUCCUGGGCCAAUGGGCUCUUUUGGUCCAAGGGGACCAGAUGGUCCUCCAGGAAAAGCUGGUCCAGAUGGGGAGCCUGGACCCCCUGGAAAUACAGGAGAAAAAGGAUUCCCUGGCUCUCAGGGCCCCAGAGGAUUUCCUGGGUUACCAGGUCAAUCAGGAAUAAAAGGUCCAAAGGGUCAUCCAGGUCUGCAGGGUGCGAAAGGAGAAGCAGGUGCUGUGGGGUCAAAGGGAGAAUCUGGGUCUCCUGGCACCAUGGGACUUAUGGGUCCACCGGGUCAGAUUGGUAUGACCGGUGAGAGAGGACGCAUCGGUCCAGGAGGUCCUGUGGGAAAACGUGGUCUUUCUGGACAUGUGGGGAAACCAGGUCCAUUGGGCCCUAUGGGAAUUACUGGAACCCCAGGAUUCCCUGGUGGUCCAGGCAUGAAGGGUCAGCCAGGAGCCACAGGCCCACGCGGUACCAGUGGACCUCAAGGCCAAAGGGGAGAACCAGGCCUGCAGGGCUCAGCAGGACCACAGGGCAACCAGGGACCACCAGGAACAGAUGGUACUCCUGGACCUAGAGGACAAGCAGGGAUCCCAGGUGUGCAGGGCCCCGUUGGACUGAUUGGACAGCCUGGUCAACCUGGACCUCAAGGAUCAACUGGACUUUCAGGAGCCAAGGGCCAGCUGGGGGAUUUAGGUUCACCUGGGUUUAAAGGAGAACCUGGAACUAAAGGGGAGCCUGGCCCACUUGGAGUUCAAGGAGAAAGGGGACCGAUGGGAGAAGAAGGAAAACGAGGUCCAAGAGGAGACUCAGGGGCCCUUGGACCCCCAGGUUCUCCUGGAGAAAGGGGAGCUCCAGGUAACCGUGGCUUUCCAGGAGCUGAUGGUUUGCCUGGUCAAAAGGGUGCACAGGGUGAACGUGGUGUCCCAGGCUCAUCAGGGCCUAAGGGUGCAACUGGAGACCCUGGCCGACUUGGGGAAACAGGAAUUCCGGGAGCAAGGGGUUUAACAGGCGUUUUGGGAAUGCAAGGUGCAGAGGGGAAGAUAGGGCCACAGGGAGGACCAGGAGAUGAUGGGAAUCCAGGUUCGGCCGGGUCUACGGGAACAAGAGGUGCAGCAGGACCCAUGGGUCUACCUGGACCUAAAGGCUUCAGUGGUGACCCAGGGAAAGCAGGAGAGACAGGGUCACCAGGAGGUGCAGGACAAAGAGGACCUAAUGGAAAAGAUGGAGAAGAAGGUCCAGCGGGAACUCCAGGACCUCCCGGAGUAGCAGGGAAGAGAGGUGAACAGGGACCUCCUGGACUAACUGGCUUUCAAGGUUUGCCUGGACCCCCAGGCCCACCAGGAGAGUCGGGAAAACCAGGCGAUGAGGGUAUCCACGGAGAGGCUGGUGGUGCAGGGCAGACUGGUCCAAGGGGUGAACGUGGAACCCCUGGAGAGAGAGGUGAUCCAGGGCCUAAUGGGUUACCAGGAGCCAAAGGAAGCCUAGGAACCCCUGGGCCUGAUGGUCCCAAGGGUAAACCAGGUCCAACUGGAACUGUUGGAGAACCAGGAUCACCAGGCUUACAGGGCAUGCCAGGAGAAAGAGGGAUAACUGGACCAGCUGGGCCUAAAGGAGAAAGUGGCGCAGUGGGUAACCGAGGGGCUGAAGGGGCGGCUGGCAAUGAUGGGGCUCGGGGAUUACCCGGACUUGUUGGACCUACUGGACCAGCCGGUCCAUCUGGGGAAAGGGAGAACAGGGCCCAAGAGGCCCUUCUGGAUCUCCAGGCGCCAGAGCAAUGGCUGGCUCACCUGGAGAACCAGGUCCUACUGGCUGUUGGGUUUGCUGGGCCUCCCGGUCCUGAUGGUCAGCCUGGAGUUAAAGGUGAAACUGGAGAGGAAGGUGCAAAAGGAGAGGCAGGGUCUCCAGGGCCUCGGGGAAUGGCAGGAAAACCUGGACCACAGGGAGUGACUGGAAUUACAGGCCUUAAAGGUGGAAGAGGUACUCAAGGAGCAGCUGGUCCCAGUGGUUUCCCAGGAUCCCCAGGAGGUGUCGGCCCAGCAGGCUCUGCUGGUGCAGUUGGCGAGCCUGGUCCUAUCGGAGCCCCUGGUAAAGAGGGCCCACCUGGGCUUGUGGGAGAACCUGGAGGUACUGGUCUCCAGGGGGAGCGUGGAAACCCUGGACCUGCUGGUAACCCUGGAGACAAAGGGGAACCAGGAGAGGACGGACUGCCAGGCCCAGAUGGGCCAGCAGGACCUGCCGGAACUCCAGGACAGAGGGGACUUGUGGGUCUUCCUGGAAUGAGAGGAGAGCGUGGUAUGGCUGGCCUUCCUGGACCUGGGGGUACACCAGGAAAAGCUGGGACCCCAGGUUCCCAAGGAACCAAAGGUGGUGCUGGACCUGUUGGUUUGCCAGGAGCACCCGGACCCAGAGGAGAUGCUGGUUCAGAGGGUUUGGCUGGAGCUGAUGGAAUUCAAGGAGCUGAUGGCAUCAUUGGAGCCAGAGGUGAAAGGGGAGACCCAGGCCCAGAGGGUCUUGCAGGUGGCCAGGGAACCCCAGGACCUCCAGGACCGGUCGGAACUCCUGGAGGUCCAGGACAGAGAGGAGAUCAGGGUGCAAGAGGCCCACCUGGUCCUGAUGGUCAGGCUGGAAUUAGAGGGAAAAAAGGACCACAAGGACCGAUGGGAGACACGGGUGACAAAGGAGAAGCAGGUGAGAGAGGUCAGAAGGGCCAUCGUGGCUUCACUGGACUCCAUGGGCUACCUGGAACAUCAGGUGCUCCAGGGGAUGAUGGUGCUGUAGGAAUCAUUGGACCAAGUGGGCAAAGAGGAAACCCUGGCCCUGUCGGACCACCAGGAAAAGAAGGAGAUGUCGGUCAACCUGGAGCACUGGGGGCUCCUGGAUCUCGAGGUGACCCAGGAGAAUUUGGACCAGAGGGACCCCCCGGAGAACCCGGCCCACCUGGACCCCCAGGUUCUCCUGGCCCUCCGAUAGCUGCCGUAGAUGACCUUUUUGGUACAAACUUCGACCUUGAUGUCGAAGCUGAGCAGGAGGAACCCCCACCUUCACUGCCAGAGUUCAAUGAGGACGAAGCAAGACCCAAUAACGGAUCUGAUGCAGUUCGGGGCAACAGUGAGGUUCACUUGUCUCUUAAGAGUCUGGGAAGUCAGUUGGACAGCAUGCGCAGUCCUGAUGGCACUCGCCAAUAUCCUGCCCGCACGUGCCAGGACCUGAAACAGUGCUAUCCUCUGAAGAAGAGCGGUGAGUAUUGGAUAGACCCGAAUGAGGGCAGCCCUAGAGACGCCAUCCAAGUGCACUGUAACAUGGAAAUGGGGGAAACCUGUAUACCUGCCAACCCUGCCAGUAUCCCACGCAAGAACUGGUGGACAUCACGCUCCAGCUUACCAAAACCAGUCUGGUUUGGAGCAACCAUAAACCGGGGAACUAAGUUCACCUAUGGAAACAAAGAGGCAUCAGCUAACAUGGUAUCAGUCCAGUUAAGGUUUCUCCGCCUUCUGUCAAAAGAAGCAGCACAGAACUUCACCUACCACUGCAAAAACAGUGUGGCCUAUAAAGAUGAGAAGAACAGCAAUCUGAAGAAGGCUUUAGUCCUAAAAGCUUCUGAUGGACAGGACAUCAAGGCAUAUAGCAGCAACCGUCUGAAGUACACCGUCAUCUCCGACGGAUGCUCUAAACCCAACGGUGAAUGGGGCAGGACUGUCUUUGAGUACCGCACACAAACUCUUUCACGGCUCCCGAUUGUGGACUUGGCUCCGGUGGAUGUAGGUGGCCAAGAUCAGGAGUUUGGCAUUGAUAUCGGCCAUGUGUGCUUCUCAUGAAGUCAAGGAUAAAAGCAUCAUCAUUUGGACUGGAGUUCUCAGCCAAUACAGUAUUUAUUGUCAAAUGCCGUCUGUAAGGGCCUUGAGGGAUUUCUGACCUUUAUUUCAUGAUUAUUCAUGAUGAUUUCCACUAGCCUGUGGUGUAUGAGUGCAUGAGAGACUAAAUGGACCCUUUAAUUUAUACUUUAUACGCCAUGUGUUAUUAAAGUAUGUGAAAACAUUGAUUUGAAAUGAAUUCAAAAAGUCACGUUUUACAAAUUUGACGGCCUUGAGUGUCUAACAUGUUUGAUGUUAUGUUGAUGUUGUUCACCCUUAAAUUGCAGUCAUUUCUAUGGGAUUUUGAAGGUUUGUUUGUGUAGUAUUAAACCUACUUUUAUUCAGGGUCAUUCAAUUCCCCGACAGUUCUCUUCCCAAUCCCAGUUGACCAUACGAGAGAGAAACUGUUGGACGGAUGAUAUCCUUAAUUAUUAAUGAAAACUCUCACAGAAGCCAAUGUUGGUCUCAUUAAAAGACUCAUUAGUCUACGAUAAAUGACACAGAGAAACUCUUUAUCCAUCUUUUUGUACUCUUAAGAGGGGAGAUGGGGCAGCAAUUGUUUGUAAUGAAUUCCAGAUUAAAUAUUUGAAACCC